AUGGUGACUCCCGAAAUGAAGGUUGUCUCAGACAUUCCUCCAAGAGUUGCCUCGCUUCCAACCGAUCCAAACGCCAAACCUGGAGAUGUUGUGUUCGCCGAGAGUUGGGGUGUUGUUCCUCACUCGGUUUAUGCUCCAGAAAUGUAUCCAAAUUACCAUUUGGCUGCAAACUUUGGUCUUUACGAGAGAGUGUUGGAUCACUUAAUGCCAUCAUUCCCAACAACUCCACUCAACCAAUUGUCGACAAAAAGUAUCGAAAAGACAAGCAGAAGUCCAAUGGAGGUCAGUAGAUCUGUUUUGUACGCGAUUGUUAUGUUGUAUUUGAGAUCUGGAUUUUAUGGAAGAGUCAAUGACAUGAACAUUGAAUCUAUUUAUUUGGACAAUAAAGCACAGUUUGCAGUUUUCGAAGCACAAAGCAGUGAAUUGGCUGUCAUUUCAUUGAUCCAUUUGAAGGAGGAGGAGAAAACUGCGUUUUGGCUCAACGUGUAUCACACCAUGUUGCUUCACGCUUUGGUGUAUAUGAAACACCGCCCAUAUUUAGAACACAAGCAAUUGAUGGACAUGUACAAGAAAGUCAGUUACAAGAUUGAUGGUUUGGAAUAUACCAUAUUCGAGGUGUUGGUUGGAAUGUUGCGAGGAGGAUUUGGGAAGGACGACUCUUUGGGAGGAAGUGUUGUGUUUCCACAAACCAACCCGAAGUCGAAGUUUGUGUGUAAAGAGAAGGAUGAGAUGAUUGGGUUUUUGAUUUCUUUUGGUCUUACAACAUCGCCCCCAAUCUGGAUCUACGACGCUAGCGAUUUCAAAGCCCAAGAGCAGAAGGCGAUUAACCAUUUUUUGGGUGCUCAAUGUGUUGCGAUUGGAGCAAACAAAAAUAUGUUUGUCCCACAGACGAUGAAAAUGUAUGUUAAGGAUUUCAAGAACGAGAAGACUAUGUUCAAAAUGUUGUUGAAACAGUUCAAAAUUGAGGAAAGUGGAUGGAGUUUGAAAUGGCAAAACGUUGAAAGGGAGUGUGGCGUAUGGUUGGACCAAUUAUCGAGCGAGGGAGUCACAGUCACCCACAGAGAGGUACCUUACUUAGCACAAUUCAAUUUGUUCCCUUUGUCAACACCAGAAGUAAAAGUGAAAACUAAUUAA